GCCUUACGGCCCAUUCCGGGCGGAGAAAGAGAGGGGUGAGGAAAGGAAAGGAAAGGAAAGGAAAGGAAAGGCAGGAUUCAGCCUUUUUUUUUAUACAGUAACCGGCCUGCUUUAAUCUGAAGAUUCCCACAAGGCUUUCAGGCAGCUAACUAUCGGGAUUCAUCACCGACAGGGUUUCCGUGUUUCUGGAUGUUAAAAUAUGAACGGUUUUUAUUCCGCGACUGAUAUUUUCUCUGUUUUAUUUUAUUGAACGCUGGGCAAAGCUCGAACCAGUGGAUGGAGCAUGGAGCCUGUCGGUGUUAGCACAGCUAGCUAGCUUCAUUUGAGGAACAUAGUUCGCUACCUCAGUUUAUUUAACGUCGAAAUUGAACGAACUCAAGAAGAAGCUAAGAUCAAAUUAGCUUUGUUUAUCGUUUUAGCUUCAUUUUACAAGCCCGUGUUGUGCUCGUAUAGCUUGCUUGCCUGCUAGCUAGCUAGCUAACUAACUAGCUAACUCGGCUAGCUAACUCUGCUAAUACGGUUUUUUGUCGGUGUGAAUUUUGUCGUUUAUUCUCUCACGUAGAGCUUCGCCGUUACCGUUCGCUUGUUUGAGUGACAGAUUAAUCGCGGUUCGAUAAACAAACACACGGAAAGCUAAAAUCGUUCGGUUUUGACAGAAUUUAGCUGAUUAGCACAGAACCGAGAAAGAGGACAAGGCGCAGUCACAAGAACGAGGCGCUGGGAAGAGCUCGUUUGUGCUUUAGGAUUAAACCGUUACUAGGAAGAAGAAAAAGGAAAAAAAAAUCAAGGAGAAGAUUUGGGUAAAAUAUGUCUGGUCGUCCCAGAACCACGUCUUUUGCAGAAAGCUGCAAACCUGCUGUGCCGCAGCCUUCAGCCUUCGGGAACAUGAAAGUCAGCAGAGAUAAAGACGGCAGCAAGGUGACGACGGUGGGCGCGACCCCCGGCCAAGGUCCCGAUCGGCCUCAGGAGGUCAGCUACACGGACACCAAGGUCAUCGGAAACGGUUCGUUCGGAGUGGUUUACCAGGCCAAGCUGUGCGACACUGGAGAACUGGUGGCCAUCAAGAAAGUCCUGCAAGACAAGAGGUUUAAAAACCGUGAGCUGCAGAUCAUGAGGAAGUUGGACCACUGCAACAUUGUACGACUACGCUACUUCUUCUACUCCAGCGGGGAUAAGAAAGAUGAGGUGUAUCUAAACUUGGUUCUGGAUUACGUCCCAGAGACGGUGUAUCGAGUGUCGCGUCACUACAGUCGAGCCAAGCAGAUCCUCCCUAUGAUCUACGUAAAGCUCUACAUGUACCAGUUGUUCCGGAGCCUGGCGUACAUCCACUCCUUCGGUAUCUGUCAUCGGGACAUCAAGCCCCAGAACCUGCUGCUGGACCCGGAGACUGCCGUGCUCAAGCUCUGCGACUUCGGCAGUGCUAAGCAGCUGGUACGGGGCGAGCCAAACGUCUCCUACAUCUGCUCUCGUUACUACCGAGCCCCGGAGCUCAUCUUCGGAGCCACAGAUUACACCUCCAGCAUAGACGUCUGGUCAGCUGGAUGCGUGCUAGCGGAGCUGCUGCUUGGACAGCCCAUCUUCCCUGGUGACAGCGGAGUGGACCAGUUAGUUGAGAUCAUCAAGGUGUUGGGGACUCCCACACGUGAGCAGAUUCGUGAAAUGAACCCCAACUACACAGAGUUCAAGUUUCCUCAAAUUAAAGCUCACCCAUGGACUAAGGUCUUCCGGCCGAAGACUCCUCCAGAGGCGAUCGCUCUGUGUUCUCGGUUGUUGGAGUACACACCCACAGCACGUCUCACUCCUCUAGAGGCUUGUGCACACGCCUUCUUUGACGAGCUCCGCGCUCCUGCUCUCAAGCUCCCCAAUGGCCGAGAGAGACCCCCGCUUUUCAACUUCACCACACAGGAAUUGUCCAGUAACCCUUCACUGGUGUCUAUACUCAUCCCUGCACAUGUCCGCAACCAACCUGGAGCCUCCUCUCCUUCUAAUGCCUCCUCUACUGCAGAUACCAGCAGCGGUGACCGUGGCCCAGGCCCCAACGCCGCCUCUGGCUCCGCCCCCAACCCAUCGACCUGAGCACCACCUGCUCCUCAACAGGCCAAUCCCAUGCUGCUGCUCAUUAACCAUGCCCACUCCUCACAAUGUCAGGGGCGGGCUACGAAAAAAGAAAGAAAACAACAAAAAAAAAAAAAGCUCAUGAUGAGAUCUGGAUGAACCAACUGAACUUUAUAACCUUCUCUCCCACACCCUCCCAACUACCCUUGUCAUUUUGAUUAUUUUUAUUGUUUUAUAUUUAUUUAUACUAAAGGACAGGAAGGAUGUCUUUAAAAGCCUCUCGACAGAUCUCGGCUCUGGAAGAAGAGCAACAGGAGACUGUGGAGUUGUUUAGAUGAUAAUAUAUAAACAUGUCUGCUUAUAAAGAGAUACUGAUAUUUAGACCUAUGCUACAAAUUUCUGUGAGUCUCUUAUGAUGAUUAUUUUUAAAAUUGGUUCAUUGUAGCCUUUGUUGCCGGUUUUACAGAUAGGAAAUGCAGAUUUGAGGCCCUCCCCCACCAUGACCCUUGCUUUGACCCAUGAGAACAAAGUAAGAGGCUGAUUAUCUGCGCUCCUCAAAAGAAAAGAUGGAGACAGCAGAACUUACAAUGGAGUUUUUCAGCUUGUGGAUGGACAUUUUUGGUUUAGAGCUGAUAUGAUCUGAGGUCAGUGUGCUGAAAUCGGAUCAGCAUCCACCUGUUCUAGUAUGAGGGCAAAACCGAUCCGAGAUUUGGUCACGGUUAAGGUUAAAGUAUUGAGUUGGGUUAGAUAACUGAUCUCAAAUCAGCUUUAAAGGGCUACUUCCACCUGGAAGGCAUAUGACGAGAACAGACUCCCCAGGCAUCAUAUGUAGUGGCUUCUUGUGAACGAUCUUGUGUGUAUGAUGUAGUUUGUUUGUUUUGUUUUUUUUUUUCCUCACCUCAAUGUUGGGUCAAUGCGCUUCUUUAUUCAUUCAAUAUCCAUGUUGGUUUUGGAAGGAGUAUAAUCAUGUUGUUCUCCUUCACCUCCUCCUCCACAUGUUAGUCUUCCCAUCGUUUUCUCUGUACAGUCCCACUGAAACGCUUGUAUGUGCUUCUUGCAUACAAAAUCCAGGUUCAUCAUGUGUAUGUAUGUGCGUGCAUGAGCACGCAUGCUGUAUAUCUACUGUAUUUAAAAGAAAACUGACAAUGAACAAGGGCAGAAGUGAAAUCAUACUACGGACGAACUACUUCCCUAGCCGUCGAGUCCAAAAUAGCAGAAAGAAUCAUAGCGGAUGCAGCUGUUUAUUGUGUAAUAGUUUGAGUGCCUUUGCUUUCAUGGAUUUUUUUUUUUUCUUUUCUGUUUUUAUUGUUUUGUUUUUUGUCCAUGUUUUGUUCUGUGUCUAACCAGGCCAUUCCUAAUCUUGGGCCGGGUUUUAGUGUGUUUUUGUUUUGUUUUUUAAAUUAUACAAGUAGUACAAUGACUGAUACAGGCGAAGGCUUCAUUCUAAAUCAUUUUGAGUUUAGUGCAAGUUUGCAUUAGUGGCCAGCGUUCACUAUUAUGCUGAUUCAACUCGAAUUUCAUUGGCCGUGUAACCCUUGCUGAUUCUAGAGUGUAAAAUGGACUGCAGCCAGUCCUUUGCUGCUGAUCUGGGACCAGUUAGCUGGCUCUGAAUCAGAAGCAUGGCUGAGUCAUAUAGCAAACCUCCCUGGAGUGCUGCUGGAAAGCUGCUGCUCUUCUGUUGUAUCGUUCUUUAGUUUGUUCUUGCAUUAUUGCCUGGGUCACUAUUGUAGUUUUGGGCCAACGAUGCAUCACGCAUCACAUGCUGACUAUUACGAGUUUGGCAUUACAAGUUAGCACGCUAACUGGUUUGUUAAGCAUGUCUUCACUUUAGUUUGGCUUCACCACAUUUACACAGUUUUUCCGUUCGUUCAGCGAAAGUGGAAUCACUCAGACAAGAAGUCUUCAGUGCGUGAGGCUGAUUAUCUAAUGUCUGUCUCACUCAAACUCGUCAUUGAUACUUUUUCAGUUUUUUUUUUUUUUUUUUUUUUAAAUAAAUGCUUCUGUAAAAUAGAUCAAAUCCUCCUUGUUUACGGUUGUUUUAGGAGAAUCCUAGAGAUAAGAAUGAUCUAUGAUACGGCUUGUCCAAGCGGCUGCUCCUAUUACAUUCAUCCAGAUACACUACACUAUGUUGCUUCCAGAACAUCACCAGCAGUUGUGUGUGACUUCACCAGGCACAGUUUGAGGCUGAUAUUUACAGGGUUUUGUCUUGGGUGAAUCAGGGCUCUGUAUUACAUUAUCCAUGCAGCUUUUCUGUUCCAUGUGACACCGGGGUUCUUGGCGUACAAUGUCGGAAAAAUUGUGUAAAAUCUGUGUUCCAGACUAUUCAUUAUUUCAACCGAAGCGAGCUCGCUAAACAGUCUCUCGCUUCAUAAUACAUGCCUUUUUAAUAGAUUUAAUUGUAUCCGUCAGGAUGCAACGGGUAAAAUCUGGCCCUUUGUUCAGCACUUCAUGUUAAGUGCAUUUAGUAAAUUCAGCUAGAGACAACAAAUAAACACGUGACCAUGCAGCUUCUCCUGAUUUAUUCAAUCGAAAUUUUGUUAUUCGGUGCUGAACUAUUGGUCAGAUUGUAUUUCUGUGACCCUCUACACUGACGCCGAGGCUGCUUUCUACCCUAAGAGCUCACUAAACAAUGGGAAGAAAAGGAUUUAUUAUUAUUAUUAUUAUUUUUUUUUUUAUCUCCCUUUCCUAUGGUGCUCAUAUGUUACUAUCCCCUUUCCUUUAUUGUAGUUUUACUCACAGGAGACUUGAUGAUAAGAAAACGAUGCUCUUAUUUCGCUUCAGCCAUUCAGAGAACUGUUUUAAAAUGUACUCGCGUAGGAAGUUUUAGCUGUUUUUUUGCCGGUUUUUUUCUUUUUGUUUAAUAUCUUUUUUUUACCCACUAACUAGUAAGAAAGGGAUGUGAUGUAUGAUGUCAUGUUCUGCAGUAUUACCUAAUCUACUCAAUGGCAAUAAGUAUUACACAAGUGGAUGUUGGGAUUUUAUUUUUUAUUCUUAUUUUGUUUACAAUGCUCUAACACGUGCUUUCAGCAGCACCCAGUUAAAAGGGAGAGAUGUCAUGUAGCACUAAGUAUAUCAUUAAAAAAAAUAAUAAUGAAUAAUAACACAUUUAAGAGUAUGUAAAUGCUUUCUGCCUGUAAAAUCUACAGCCAUAAAUGUUUCUUCCUAAAUGACUACGAAACCGAAUCACGUUUCUAGUGACCUUUUUGUCUCGGAGCCUGUACACUUUGGAUGGGGGAGAAAAAAAAAAUCAGACAGUAAAUAAAGUAAACAUUUUCACUGCAUAUUUGGACACACUUGUGUAUAGCUGUUGGCGGUUGUAAGAGACUUUGUAACUACAGACCGAACCAACUAAGAUGUUGCUAUUACUUGAAUGCCUGUUGACUAAUUUUUAUUUGGUUUUAUUUUUUUUUUAAUAAUUCACUCGAUACAGAUUUGUAUGUUUCCUCUCCUGUGAUGGUUAUGCUAAAUGUGUGUCUCUCUCUCUCUUUCUCUCUCUCUCUCUUUCUCUCUCUUUGUAAAUAGCGAUCCCUUCCUCUGUGUAAAAUGGUUCAGAGACGUAGUUACCCGGUACUGUCGUUUGCAAUGAAUAAAGUGUAGGUUAGCCUGAUAAAA